GCGCGGCCUGGUGCCUCUGGGCGCGGCUGCCGCUGCAGCUCGUCGGGUUAGGGGCGAUGCGCGGCUCCAGCUGGACAUGGAGCUGCAGGCGCAGAUGGCCACGCACAAUUUGGACAAUGCCAAGCGACAGGUGGACGCGAUGGGGGAGGGGCCGGAAGGCCCGCGCAAGAAGUCGCCAAGAUUUCGCUGGGAUCAGUGGCUUCCUCGGACAAUGCUCCGCGCAGUGUUCAGCAAAGAGAAUCUGCGGAUGGCUGCUAGCAGCGUCGCCAAGGUUUUCAAAGGCACCGGAAUCAAAGGCAGCCAUCUUUUCGUUCGCCAAUUGAGAUCGGCUUUGGCGGAGCUUUAUUGCGACAGCCAACGUGUUCAAAUAGAGCGCCAAGUGCUCAGAGCGCCUGGGACAGAACACAAUUGGUUGGUUAUGCAUCCGCAGUGGGACGAAACCAAGUUCACUGUGCAGCUGAACGACGGCAAGCCUCCUUGUGGGCAGCAAGUGAUGACACAGCACGGCGCGUUGCAUUGGGAAGACGAGGACCUCCGCGUCCACAGCCAAGAGCUUAUCUUCCCACCGUCCGCGCUGGAAUCUGCAACCGCCGACUGCAUGCUCGGAGGCCUCGCGCGGGCGUUGCGCGUGGAUAUGGAUGAGCUCUGGCCGUCGGCGCUGCUGGCGUGCUUGUCCCCGAGCGUCGAUUCUGUGGCCGCAAACGGGCUGGGGGAACUUAAGCUCGACAUGCUGCUCGGGCAUUGCGACCGCCAGAUGGAUGAGGACGUGGGGGGCGAGGAGGUGACAGCGGCGCGCGGCCAACGUAGAGGCCUCACCAAGCCAGAGGUCGACUUGAUCAAGGAGAUGUUCACCGGCGACGUGUCUCAAGAGAGGCCUGUGCACCAUUGCAGGGGCCGCGACUGCUGCGCGAACAGGCAGGAGUCUGUCGACAGAGCGGUGGCGGCGGCGAUGGUUCCUUUGCGCAGGCGUUUGGCAGUGCCCGCGUUGAACCGCUGGAACACUGUGCAUCCCACCGCGUGCGUCUUGCUGCUGUUGAUCUCCUUGCAUGGAUUGCUGCCGCGUGCGCUCGAGAAGACGUGCGGCGCUGCUGCGCGCGCCAUGCGGCGGGAAGAUGGCGGCCUCGAGAGCGGCAGCGGCGCAGCGGGCCUGGGGGAUUUCAGGCGUGAACAGCAUGUUCGCACCGUCAAGAUGAUGAGGUUUCUCUCCGAUCUACUUGCGCGGCAACGGCUGGUCCUGUGGGUGGCCGUGGCCGCCGUGGGGAUGCGAUUUCAUUACGCAUGUUUCAAACGUGGGUCUUUGCAUGGCUGGCUCGACCCCAAGGGGUCUGCGCUGUCGUCAUUCUGCAAGAGCGUCGUCUUUGACACGCUCGCUCAGCUGAGCUCAGCCUUUGACCCCGCUGCAGCUGGACAUUACGACUUGUGGAGAUUGCCGCUUGCCCUGCACGGCCCCCUCGCGUCCUGGCCCGGCGAGGUCCUCCGCGAAGCAGACGCCGUCGUCCACGUAUUCACUGGGUCCUUUUAUCGUCGCUUCGACAUUCGUUUGAGCGGUUACCCACGGAGGCUCAUGCGGUUCGUGGACGCCUCCCUGGACAUGGGGGCCCGCCGCGCAGAAGGCGAAGAACUCUUUCGGGCAAACGAGUGUUGCCUGGACUCGGGGUUCUCCUUGAGGCUGAGGAAGAUGUGCACCACGGGCGUUGACGGCCUUUUCCUGCCAGAG